CCUUUUAUCAAUAAAGUUUUGAAACAGCACAAGAAGAAGACGAAGAAGAAGACGAAGAAGAAGACGACGAAGAAUUAGAAUUUGAAUUUGAAUUUCCGCUUCGGCCUGCCUCAGUAGAUAAGUAAUACGGUGUUACUAGACAUUCGGCUAUUAUAUCGUUUUACAGUUAACCCUAGCAAGUCGAAGCGUGCCGCCUUGGUUGAACUCAAGCUGCUAAGCUAACAGUAGCUACACUACAUCCAGGUAUUGGUUCAUUUUAGGUGACAAUCUUUUUGUGCAAGAUAUAAGCGCGCUGAUUUCACUUAACAAUUUAACAAUUAAAGUACAGUGAUUUUAGUUACCUACGUUUUCAGCCUUGAUUUUGUCAGAAGAUGUAUCGAGCCAAACCAACGUUGAAAGACCGGCAGCAUCUGUAUAGGCUCAUAAUAAGCCAGCUACUUUACGAUGGCUACACAAACAUCGCGAACAGCUUAAUCAAUGAAGUUAAACCUCAAAGCGUGGUGUCACCAUCUGAACAGCUGGUUCAGCUGGCAAAAAUUGGUAUGGAGAACGAUGACAGUGCCGUGCAGUACGCUAUUGGGCGCUCUGAUACAGUAGCGCCCGGUGUCGGAAUUGAUCUCGAAUUUGAUGCUGAUGUACAGACGAUGUCUCCCGAGGCAUCCGAGUAUGAGACGUGCUACGUUACCUCGCAUAAGGGACCUUGUCGCGUUGCGACAUAUAGUCGUGAUGGCCAACUAAUUGCCACAGGCUCUGCUGAUGCUUCGAUAAAGAUACUGGACACUGAGCGUAUGCUGGCUAAAAGUGCUAUGCCGAUUGAGGUUAUGAUGAAUGAGACGGCUCAGCAAAACAUGGAGAAUCACCCUGUGAUUCGAACCCUGUACGACCACGUCGAUGAAGUCACCUGCCUGGCCUUCCACCCAACCGAACAGAUCCUUGCUUCCGGCUCAAGAGAUUACACCCUCAAACUCUUUGACUACUCAAAGCCCUCUGCAAAAAGAGCCUUUAAAUAUAUACAGGAAGCUGAAAUGCUGCGUUCCAUCUCGUUUCAUCCAUCUGGAGACUUCCUUCUGGUUGGAACACAGCACCCGACCCUGCGUCUUUAUGAUGUCAACACCUUUCAGUGUUUUGUGUCCUGCAACCCUCUGGACCAGCACACAGACACUAUUAGCGGUGUCAGUUACAAUCCCACAGCCAACAGCUACGUCACCUGCAGCAAGGACGGCAGCAUUAAACUGUGGGAUGGUGUCUCCAAUCGCUGCGUGACCACCUUUGACAAAGCUCAUGAUGGAGCAGAGGUCUGCUCGGCCAUCUUUACAAAGAACUCCAAGUACAUCCUCUCCAGUGGGAAAGAUUCAGUGGUCAAACUGUGGGAAAUAUCAACAGGCCGAAUGUUGGUGAAAUACACAGGUGCUGGUCUAAGUGGCCGUCAGAUGCAUCGUACACAGGGCGUGUUUAACCACACAGAGGAUUAUGUUCUUCUUCCUGAUGAGCGCACCAUCAGCCUGUGCUGCUGGGAUUCCCGUACAGCAGAGAGGAAAAACCUGCUCUCUCUGGGUCACAACAACAUUGUCCGCUGCAUUGUCCACUCGCCCACCAAUCCUGGUUUCAUGACUUGCAGUGAUGACUUCAGGGCUCGUUUCUGGUACCGGCGCACCACCACCGAUUGAUGACCCGUACCGCCGCAUCCUUUGUCCGAGAGAAACAAAGGAUUCCGCACCCAGGACUCUUGGGCAGAAACAACGAAAAAAAAUGCUGUGGAGUCUUUCAGUCGGAUGGAUUAAAAUUUAGAUUUUUCUUUGCUUAGGAAUUGUCCCCUCUUUUCAAUACUAUUUUGUCAAACUCACUCAUCAUCCACAUAGACUAUAAAGUGUUUGUUUCCCCCCAGCACUUUUUAGUUUUGCAUAUGUUGCAAUACUUUUAAAAUUGUAUUUCUUAUUUUUUUUUUACAUUAUCGUUCUGUGUAUAGAUAGAAUUAAAAAAAAUAAAAAAUAAAAAAAAACAGAUCCCUUAACAGUAAUGACGACGACUGAUUUUAGGCAAGUGGUCAACCUGCUGGAAGCACACAUUUGUACUCCUUGAGCUUCUGCGGUUUCCUUUCGGUGGUCUGCUAAUACAACCUCCUCUUGUGUACAAAUGUCAAUUCAUUUUCUAAUUAAUGGCCUCUGCAGUAAACUUUUGAUAAUUACGGGGGGGCAAGACAGCUGCAGGUGUGUGCGUGUCUCCUCUGGCCAAUGGAAAUGUGUAAAUCAGAAUCAUCUUAAAUGACAUUAAGCAGCAUCUUCCCCACUCGGGGUGGAAAAUGACCUGACCUGCGUGACAGCUCAUACAAUGUGAGACUGAUGAGAACUAAAUCAUACUUUCACAUCAGUCACAUCAUCCAAAUGGUUCACUAAAACCAACUGUAAAAAGACUUGAUCUCUGUGGGCACUGAAGACAACUUAAACAUUGAGUCCUAUAGUUGCCCAGUUAAACAUGAUAAAACGACACUUUUGAAAAUGUUUUUUUGCAUUUCAGCAUGGAAUGUAAACAAGCACAAAAGGUCAUACUUUACAUGUUAUAUUGGUUUUAUGUGGUUAUUGCAACACUUUUCAGGUUGAGUAAUAAACUGAAAACAAAUUAUUUCACUUUCAUUGACUGUUCAUGUUUACAUUUUCAUCAGUUGCUGAGGGAGUGUGAAUGUUAAUUUUGCAACAAUAAGCACUGGUUAGUAUCACUAUCUGACGUAACUGCGACAAGUCUCACUAAAGAGAUGCAGCUGCGUCAACAACAUCAAACCCAUUAACUUUUUAACGGGACGAUCUGCCGGUUGAACCGAUUGUUCGAUAUGAUACAAUUCAUUAAUCAAAGUACCAAGCACACACAAAUAAUCGCAACAGUACAAAAUGAUGUAUUGACUAAUACGUAGUUGACUUGCCAGAACCAAAGUUGAAACAAUCAUUUUGGAUGCUUGAUCUCUGUGUGAGACAGUUUCAAAGUUGGGAAUUGUUUACUUGAAAAUGUGCUGAGAUUUUACCCGUGCUUAGGGCAUGACUCACGCAUAUAGAAUAUAAGUUAGCCGAGAAACCUGAGCAGGUACAAGUGCACCCGCGUGAAUAACAAUAGCUUUGUUUUCAUCGCCCCCUUUGGUUUUCUUUUUUGUGCAUCUUUCGCAACCAAACCUGCUUCCUUUCCUCCUGAGACAAUUGAGAAAACACCAUCCCUGGAUCAUGUGAUCUAUGAUCGUGAGUAAACAAUUGCAGUGAUUACUAGAAGGUACAAAUUGGUGCAGAGUAACUUGGGGUUAGAUUAACGAUCUCACAUGAGUCCCAACUUUAUUCUCUCUCACGCUUCAAUUCAUUCACGCUCAUCUCAGAAAUUCAGCCUUUACGCUAUAUCCUGUCGUGUUAGGUAUGCUUUCUUUUGAUUUUGUAGUAAAGUCCCUCUGCAUUUGUCUCUAGAUU